UAUUGCUUGAAUCAUAGGUCACAUUUGUGUUUUGUUCCGCUCUUUCUGAUCUUAACUUUUAUUGGUUUUCCUAGUAAAAGAUAUGGCUAUCCUGAGGAGAUCAUAUGGUUAUUCAAAGGUGGAUAAGGAAGACCCAGAAGAGAUUAUUCAUCGACGAGCUCAGUUCUUGAUCUACAAAGCGCUGUAUCAAGCAGAUACUAGAAGAAAACCAUCGUUUCUACGAAUCAGAUUGUGUAGGCUAAAGGUGAAGAUUGGCAGAAGAUUGAAGAAGUUAAGGAAGAGUGCGUUGGUUAGUAUUUCUGCUGAGAGAAUUGGUGUUUACAAGCAGCUUAUUCAUCAGUUGAAAACUUGGAGACGCUUGUUUAACCGUGAUGGUGGAACCAUUGCCACCCUUUCUCAUCCUUUGUUCACUUAAAAGAUAUGCUAUAUACAUAUAUA